AGCAGCUGCUGCGGGAGGCUAGGCGCAAGGUGGCUCCCCGCGGCCCGGCGCCCCGCGGCUCCGGGGGACGCACCAGGCAGCCAAUGGAUGCGCAGAGGUGUACAGCAGAUGGCGUCCGACUGCGCCGUUCCUUCCUCCUCCUCCUCCUCGUCCUCCUCUUCCUCCAGCUUCAGUGCUGAGCAGUCAGAGUCGCCGCUGGGUUGCCAGACGCUGGAAUGGGUGGUCUCCCGACACACACACCACCAUCUUCACUGGGGAAGCUCGGGGCUUGGCAGCUCCAAGAGGCUGCAGCUGCGGCUCGGGCGAGGCUGGAUUAGGCAAGUGAAGACACUGAAAAAUCUGAAGAAUGUUUCCAAGGAGUGAUCUGGCUGUCACUCACUGGGUUCUAAGGAGCAUGAGGAAGCUCUUUCUGGUGUUUUCUCUCCUGCUGUCCCAAGCAGCUCAUUUGGAAGGCAGAAAGGACAAUCAGUUCAUCUGGAAAACAGGUCCCUGGGGAAGGUGUGCAGGUGACUGCGGACCAGGCGGAGCCCAGAGUCGAGCUGUGUGGUGUUUUCACAUAGAAGGGUGGACCAGUCCCAUGUCGAACUGUGAUGAGAGCAGCCGACCUCCAAAGGAAAGGAGCUGUUUCCGAGUGUGUGACUGGCACAGUGACCUGUUCCAGUGGGAGGUUUCCGACUGGCACCGCUGCCUGCUGGCUCCUGGGGCCCAAGGCGAGCCCCGGCCUCGGGCUGCCGAGUGUGUGACCGCGCAGCACGGUCUGCAGCAUCGGACAGUGCGCUGUCUGCAGAAGCUCAACAGAACCAUGGUGGCCAGUGAGAUCUGCGAACACUUUGCCCCCCAGCCCCCCACAGAGCAAGCCUGCCUCAUCCCUUGCCCCAGGGACUGUGUGGUAUCCGAGUUCUCCCCGUGGUCCACCUGCCGUGAAGGGUGUGGGAAGAAGCUGCAGCAUAGAACACGCGUGGCCAUUGCGCCCCCGCUGUAUGGAGGUCUGCAGUGCCCGAAUCUGACCGAAUCCAGAGCCUGUGAGGCUCCGGGUUCCUGUCCUCUGGGGAAAGAGGAAUAUUCCUUCAGCCUUAAGGUGGGACCGUGGAGCAAAUGUAGACUCCCUCACCUUAAGGAAGUCGACCUCAGCGGAAGAAAUGUCCAGGAUUUUAGCUCCGAUUCAAAUGAGCAAGUCACCCUAACACAUCAGAGUUACAAAGCACACCACCACUCCCAGCCUGGAGGUGUAGAGAUAGGUUUUCAAACCAGGCAGGUGUGGUGCACCAGAAGUGAUGGAAGAAACGCCCUGUUAAGCCUUUGCAUGCAAGAUUCCUUCCCACUGACUGUCCAGCCCUGUGUGAUACCAAAGGACUGUGAGACUUCCGAGUGGUCCCCCUGGAGUCCCUGCUCCAAGACUUGCCGUUCUGGGAGUCUCUCACCUGGAGUUAGGAGCAGGAGCCGGAACGUGAAGCACAUUGCUAUUGGAGGUGGCCAGGAAUGCCCAGAACUUCUUGAGAAAGAGACCUGCAUUGCUGAAGGGCAGCUUCUGCAGCCCUGUCCCAGGUAUUCCUGGAGAACCUCUGAAUGGAGGGAAUGCCAAGUCUCUCUUCUUCUGGAGCAACAGGACCCACUUUGGCAUGACACAGGACCAGUGUGUGGUGGUGGGAUCCAGACCCGGGAGGUGUACUGUGCCCAGAGUCUACCAGCAACCAUCACACCAAGGACCAAGGAAGUCUCUAGGCCUGUGGAAAGUACAUUAUGUUUGGGACCUGCCCCCUCAGCCUCCCAGCUCUGCAAUGUCCCUUGCUCGACGGCCUGCAUAGUAUCUUCCUGGUCAUCCUGGGGCCCGUGUGUUCACGAAAACUGCCGUGAUCCUCAGGGGAAGAAAGGCUUUAGAAUGAGACAGCGCCAUGUUCUCAUGGAGUCUACAGGGCCCACGGGGCACUGCCCUCACCUGGUAGAAUCUGUGCCUUGCGAGGAUCCAAUGUGUCAUCGAUGGCUUGCUUCUGAAGGGAUCUGUAUCCCCGAGCAUGGGAAAUGUGGCCUGGGACAUCGCAUCCUGAAGGCUGUCUGUCAGAACGAAAGAGGAGAAGAAGUAUCAGGGAGUCUCUGCCCAGUGCCUCCUCCUCCUGAACGGAUGGCUUGUGAUAUUCCCUGCCGAAUGGACUGUGUGGUGAGUGAGUGGACGGUGUGGUCAUCUUGCUCCCAGUCCUGCUCAAAUAAAAACGCAGAUGGCAAACAAACCAGGUCGCGGACUGUCCUGGCUUUGGCUGGAGAAGGUGGGAAGCCCUGCCCUAGUAGUCAGGAACUCCAAGAGUACCGCCUGUGCAAUGAUCACUCCUGUACACAGCUCUACUGGGAGACAUCUGCUUGGGGCCCCUGCUCUGAAAAUACUCUGGUGACUGCCCUCAAUGUGACCAUUGGCUGGAAUGGAGAAGCGACAUGUGGGGUGGGCAUUCAGACACGGAAAGUCUUCUGUAUCAAGAGUCAUGUGGGACAAGUAAUGACCAAAAGAUGUCCAGAGUCCACGCGGCCUGAAACUGUAAGACCUUGUUUCCUCCCAUGCAAGAAAGACUGCCUCGUGACUGCUUUCAGUGAGUGGACACCCUGCCCACGUCAGUGUCAGCCAGGAAAUACCACAAUAAAACAGUCUCGAUACAGGAUUAUCAUCCAGGAAGCAGCCAAUGGAGGCCAAGAGUGCCCAGAUACCUUAUUUGAAGAGAGAGAGUGUGAAGAUAUUUCAUUGUGUCCUACGUACAGGUGGAAACUACAGAAAUGGAGCCCUUGCAUCUUGGUUCCAGAGUCUGUCAGGCAGGGGAGAACAGGCACCAGUGAGGCAUGUGGGAAGGGGUUGCAGACAAGAGCUGUCUUGUGCAUCUCUGAUGAUAACCAGUCUGCAGAAAUGACAGAAUGCCUCAAGCAGAUGAAUGGCAUGCCACCCCUGGUGCAAGAAUGCACCAUUCCUUGUCGGGAAGACUGCACCUUCACCCCUUGGUCUAAGUUUACACCCUGCUCCAAGAACUGUGAAGCAACCCAGAUCAGGAGACGGCAACUCACAGGGAAAAGCAGGAAGAAAGAGAAAUGCCAGGAUGCUACCCUGUACCCUCUGGUGGAAAUGGAACCGUGUCCCUGUGAUGCAUUCAUGUCCCAUCCGUAUGGAAACUGGUCAGCUUGCAUUCUACCGGAAAGCAAAAGGGAUCCUCAGCGAGGAGGCUUGUGGGCGCCAGGAGCUGACAAAGAAUGUGGAGAAGGCGUGCGCUAUCGAGCAAUAGCAUGCUCUGAUAAAAACGGAAGACCCGUUGACCCCUCGUUCUGCAACAGCACUGGUUAUGUUCAAGAAGAAUGUGUCAUCCCCUGCCCAUUUGACUGCAAGCUGAGUGACUGGUCCAGCUGGGGCUCUUGCAGUUCGUCUUGUGGGAUUGGAGUGAGAAUUCGAUCUAAAUGGCUAAAAGAGAAACCUUACAGUGGAGGUCGACCUUGUCCCAAACUGGAUCUCAAGAAUCAGGUUCAUGAGGCAGUCCCAUGUUACAGUGAGUGCAAUCAAUAUUCCUGGGUUGUAGAACACUGGUCUCCAUGCAAAAUCAACAAUGAGCUGAGAUCUCCACGCUGUGGAAGAGGAACGCAAUCUAGAAGAAUCAGGUGUGUGAGUACUGCUGACACUGAGGGAGGAGUAGUGGACAGGAGCCUGUGCAACCAGGAUGAUGCUCCCCCAGAAACCCAGGCCUGUUCUCUUCUGUGUCCCAGCGAAUGUGUCAUGUCUGAGUGGGGAACAUGGAGCAGAUGCCCACAGUCAUGUGACCCCCAUGCAAUGCAGAGGAGAUCUCGACAUCUGCUGAGGCCUUCGCUGAACUCAAGAACUUGUGGGGAAGACUCCCAGGUGCGGCCCUGUCUCCUCAAUGAAAACUGCUUCCAGUUCCAGUACAACCUCACAGAAUGGAGUACAUGCCAGCUGAGUGAAAAUGCUUCCUGUGGCCAGGGUGUGAGGACUCGCCUGCUGAGCUGUGUACGCAGUGAUGGCAAGCCUGUUGGCAUGCACCACUGUGAUCAGCGGAACCUGGAAAAACCCCAGAGGAUGAGUAUUCCCUGUUUGGUGGAGUGUGUCGUCAACUGUCAGCUCUCAGGAUGGACAACAUGGACAGAGUGUUCGCAAACCUGUGGCCAAGGAGGUCGAAUGAGCCGGACUCGAUUUAUCAUUAUGCCAACCCAAGGAGAAGGACGGCAAUGCCCCACAGAGCUCAUCCAGCAGAAACCCUGCCCAGUGAUACCCUGCUAUAGCUGGGUCCUUGGCAACUGGUCUGCAUGUAAAUUGGAGGGUGGAGAUUGUGGGGAAGGCGUGCAGGUGCGCAGCUUUUCCUGCGUAGUCCACAACGGCUCAAUAUCCCACACAGCUGUCCGCGUGGAGGAUGCCCUGUGUGGAGAAGUCCCCUUCCAAGAAGGAACCCUGAAGCAGCUGUGCUCUGUGCCUUGCCCAGGAGACUGCCACAUAACCCCAUGGUCCGAGUGGAGCAAGUGUGAGUUAACCUGCAUCGAUGGGAGAAGCCUGGAGACCAUGGGCCGCCAAUCCAGGUCAAGAACAUUCAUAAUCCAGUCUUUUGAGAAUCAAGACAGCUGCCCCCAGCAGGUUCUAGAAACACGACCUUGCACGGGUGGCAAAUGCUAUCACUACGCAUGGAAAGUGAGCCUUUGGAACAAUAAUGAACGGACUGUGUGGUGCCAGCGUUCCGAUGGCCUUAAUGUCACAGGCGGUUGUUCCCCUCAGGCACGCCCUGCUGCCAUUCGGCAAUGUAUUCCAGCUUGUAGAAAACCGUUCUCCUACUGCACACAGGGCGGCGUCUGUGGCUGUGAGAAGGGGUACACAGAGAUAAUGAGAUCAAGUGGAUUCCUGGAUUACUGCAUGAAGGUACCUGGCUCAGAGGACAAAAAAGCUGAUGUGAAAAACCUUCCUGGGAAAAACAGACCUGUGAAUUCCAAAAUACAUGAUAUUUUUAAAGGAUGGCCUCUUCAACCUCUUGACCCAGAUGGCCGAGUAAAAAUUUGGGUUUAUGGCGUUUCAGGUGGCAGUUUUCUUAUCAUGAUUUUCCUAGUAUUUACUUCCUAUCUUGUUUGCAAGAAGCCAAAACCACAUCAAAGCACACCUCGCCAUCAGAAGCCACUGACCUUGGCCUACGAUGGGGACUUGGACAUGUAACUUGAAAAAGGAAUCCAAAUGUAGACAUCAACUGCUGCCUUAAAUGCUUUCUCUUUUGUAGCUCUCAGACUUCUCAGUUCUUUGAGGAAUCUCACGAUGUGAUACAUUGGGCAGAAUACAAAUACUGCAAAAGUAAUAGUGCCCCAACUUCAUUUGGACAUGGAGUCAAGGAUUACUGGGUAUGCCAUUUAGAUUUCGAGUUGUUUGUGGGUGUGAGUGUUUUACUUUUUUGGUUUUCCCAAGAGGCCUGAAAACCCUUCUCUUCCUGUUUGAAAAUGAGAGGAAGAAAACAUGAAGGAUUUCCCACAGACUUGAGUAAACUUGAUCUUCAGCCGCAUAUUGACAAUCCACGGGGAAGUCCAAUCAAGGCAUUUACUGUAAAUGGCGAGUCUGACACUGUAUUGUUAUGCACUAUAUUAGUGCAGAGUCCUUAUUCCCAUACUUCAACAUGAGUUUUCUAGAGUUUACAUUGGUUCAAAAACUUUCAAAUUGGAUUGCCUAUUUUCAUGAACACAGAGAGAAUGGGUUACCAUUUCCGAAGUUCUCUGAGUUUUUACCUUUAAAUAUUGUAUUUUAUUUUGUAGCCAGGGGAUGAUGGCACUUUGUGGGCUGCAUCUUUGAGACAGAAGUGUGUGCAUUCCAGCUGGACUAGAGUAAAAUGGGUGGUUUCUGGAUGAAUUGUGUACUGAGUGUUACCAAUGAAGUAGGUGAUUGUACGGGAGAAUGAGGUAGACUAUUUGAUAACUAAAACUGUAUUUUAACAAAAAUUUAGCUGUGUAGAUAAGCAUUAACCACACACAGUUGUAAUUCAGUUUAAUGUUGACCAAAAUAUGCUUUUGUAAUUUCAAUUUUCUUAUCUGAAUAUUUAUAAAUUAUUUUGAAUUUAAUUAUCUGACCUCAUUUAAUAUACAUUGAACACCAAUCCUGUUUGUAGCAAGUCUUGUUUUUAUAAGGUUUCAAUAAUAUCUAAAACAACACAUUAAAAAGCUGAGACCAUUUUAUGAGGUAAUUGUUUGUAAUCCUGGAUGUUGGAAGUAAGAAGGUGCCAUUGUGUGCUAUGGAUUUGUCUUUAUAACAAAUAAAGUGCUCAAGAGACUGUAA